AGGGUUGCAGGAAUUACAAUUUAAAGAAUCAUGAAAACUUCCUAUGCCAUCAGCAUUCUAUGGUCAUUCGUAGGAAUGCAUGUUCUGGCUACAGAAGGCAGUUCUUACAGUUUGCCAGAUUCCGCUGAGUUGGUUUUGUCCUGCCCAGUAUCAAGGGAAGAAUGGCUGGAAAGGUCAAAAAAGAAGAAUUGCCAAGAUUCCAUUCAUUCAAUAUAUCCCUUCAUAUACCAUUGUGUUAUAAAUGAAUUGGGAAACGCUUCAAUUGAAGUUUGUGCCGCUCCACGAUACAUACUUCUUGGGCAAUGCGCCGAAUAUAACUUUGGAUCUAUGCGCAUCCAGGGUUCAGAUAUUAAGAAUUGCUCAAUGGACGAUCCUCCUUGUCCAGAUGUUUAUGACUCAACUGAUGCAGUUUUAUACCAAACAUGCUAUCGAGGUAGUGUCUUGGACCAAAAUGCCCAGGAAACCGCAUUUCCUCAAUUGAACAUUACAGUCAAUACUUUCAAUGAAAGUAGAUAUAUCGGUAAAUAUGUCUAA